AUGCACCGCUACUCACACACUGACUCACAGAGCACCAUUUACUUACCAGAUGAAGCACUUCUCGUUCAAUACGGUGUUGAUAACGAUUUUUAUGAUUUGUAUGUUGAUGAUAAUAACGAUUUUGAUCAUGGUUUUAAUAAUGAAGACAUUGGAGGUGAUGACAAUUUUGAUGAUGAUGAUGGCGGUGAUGAUGAUUCAAAUAAUGGUGAUGAACGAGGUGAUUAUGAAUUUGAUGAUGAUACGCGUGAUAGUGUUUUAAUUAAUGAUGAGGAUGAUUUUGAUGUUUAUUAUAAAUUUGAUAAUAACUUUGAUGGAGGAGUUGAAAAUUAUGAUUUUGAUGAUGAUGGGGAAAAAGUGAGGACGAGAGUAUAA